AUGUCAGGCUGCAUCAUGGCACGUUUCCUUUCCUUGGGAAGCAACAGUGGUGAGAGGGGGGAUGGAAGCCUGAACUACGCACGUGGAGUUGCAGUUUCCUCCGACAACAAGAUCUGGGUGGCUGAUCAGAACAAAGCUCGCCUCCAAGUCUACAGCAUGGAAGGUGUUUACCUGUACCAGUUCCCACGAGGUGCACCGGGGCUAGGGUACCCAUCAAAGGAGCCACGUGAUGUGUCCAUCGACAGGGAUGGUCACUUGUGGGUCCUGAUGUCUGGGUACCCUGCCAGCCCUGACUCCUUGGUGCAGUUCGGCAGGGAUGGCCAUCUCCAGGCCAAAUUUGACCUGCCUGACACUGUACCCGGUCAGAGUUACACGGGAAUGGCAGUGGACCUGCGUAAUAACCGCAUUUUGGUCACAUGGUCUGACGGUAUAAAAGGUGGCAUGCAGGCCUUCAACCCGGAUGGCAAACUUCUGUGGUCGGAUGUCGGCCGGGCCUGGAUAAAGGCGCCCAAGUACGUCGCCGUCGACCGGGAAGGCAACAGCUUUGUCUCGGACUAUGGCACUCACUCCAUCUACAAGUAUGACGCGUCCGGGCGGUACGUGUCGAAGUUUGGAGGGCCGGGACUGAGCGGUGGCCGCCUGAAUCGUCCUCAGGGCAUCUGUGUGGACAGUCAGUCCGGUCACAUUGUGGUGGUGGAUUCGAAUAAUCAGCGCGUGGUGGUGUACACCAGCCAAGGCGCGUAUGUCCGCCACAUCGCUCUCCGUAUUGCGCACCCAAGAGGGGUGGCAGUUGGACAGAGGGGAGAGUUAGUUGUGGCAAACAAAAACACCAUCUUUGUCUUCGCCCGCUAUUGA